GUCCGUCCCGUCGCCAGGAGCCAGGCCGUUCGCGUGGCCGUGGGCGAGCGCUGCCUCCCCUUCACCUUCCCGGGCUCCCCCUUUCGUUGCUCCCCCGGCGGCUCCCUGCUCUCUCCCGACCGGCGCCAUGGCGAUGAAGCAGACCCCGCUGGCGUGCUCCGGCCACACGCGGCCCGUGGUGGACCUGGCCUUCAGCGGCAUCACCCCCUACGGCUACUUCCUCAUCAGCGCCUGCAAGGAUGGUAAACCUAUGCUUCGACAGGGGGACACAGGGGACUGGAUUGGAACAUUUCUUGGUCACAAAGGAGCGGUUUGGGGGGCCACGUUGAAUGAGGACGCCACUAAAGCCGCUACAGCUGCUGCAGAUUUUACUGCCAAACUGUGGGAUGCUGUUUCGGGAGAUGAACUCCUCACUCUGGCUCACAAGCAUAUUGUCAAGUCUGUGGACUUCACUCAGGACAGCAAUUACUUGUUGACAGGAGGACAAGAUAAAUUGUUACGUAUCUAUGAUUUAAACAAGCCAGAGGCAGACCCUGAGGUGGUCAGUGGUCACACGUCUGGUAUUAAAAAGGCUCUGUGGAGCAGUGAUGAUACACAGAUCCUUUCAGCAGAUGACAAAACAGUCAGACUCUGGGACAGAAAUACAAUGACAGAAGUGAAGGCGAUCAAUGUUGCCAUGUCCGUGAGUAGCAUGGAAUACGUGCCUGAAGGGGAGUUAAUAGUCAUCACCUAUGGCCGGACCAUUGCCUUUCACAGUGCGGAAACACUGGAACAGAUUAAAUCAUUUGAGGCACCUGCAACAAUCAAUUCUGCAUCUCUCCAUCCGGAGAAAGAAUGUCUAGUUGCUGGUGGUGAAGAUUUUAAACUUUAUAAAUAUGAUUAUAAUACCGGUGAAGAAUUAGAAUCCUACAAGGGGCACUUUGGGCCGAUUCACUGUGUCAGAUUUAGCCCAGAUGGGGAGUUGUACGCUAGCGGCUCAGAGGAUGGAACGCUGAGGCUGUGGCAGACGACAGUCGGGAAAACAUAUGGUCUCUGGAAAUGUGUGAUUCCUGAAGAAGAAGGCGGAGAGCUGGCAAAGGCUAAAGUCAAUCUUCCAGGAACUGCAGAAGAAGAAUUAGAAGACCUUGGCUCUGAAAAUACAGAUUCCAUCUAUAGCACAACCCCCGAGGUUAAAGCUUGAGCGUCACAGCCGUUAAGGACAACACGGGAACACGUCAAUCCCCAAAAGAAAAAAAAACGGAAAAAAAAAAACAGCAGUCAUAUGCAGCAGCCUCCCAGGGUGCAAAGUGAACCGAAGGCAAAUAGGGGGCAGUAAUUGAUGAGAAUGGGUAGGAACAGGUUGUCAAGAAAGAUGGAAUAGAGACAAAAAGUAACGGUUUGGCUGUCUUUUAGCGUCAUUGCCUUUCGUUAAGUCUGAACAUAACCAGGCGCCAAGAUCCUCUUUCUCCAGUGUUGAUUAAGUCAUUGUAGUGUUUUAUUAUUGAAGAGAAAUGUAACGGUAUCUUGGUUAGAGUAUGUUCUCUGAAAGUGGGAAGGGUGACAAAAGGCGGGGGUCAUUUGGUUAAAUAAAAUAUUUGUGGUCUAGGGGCAUUUGCCCCCCCCCCCACUUUUAUUGUACACUGCUUCUGUUUCCAAUCAUCUAAAUAAAAUGCUCCCACGAUAGCACUCCUAGAAGAUGUUACAAAGUGUACCAGGUUAAUUCAUCUGUUUCCGAACAGUACUGAGUAGCCCGGGGCUUUGAAAAAAAAAAGGGGGGGAGCUAAGAUUUGGGGUGGUUUUUGCACGAUAGGUGGAUGAAUGCCCUACUGCUUGAAGCUUGUGUGUUCUACUCCAAUAAAACCUCAUAUUCAAAAGUCUCUAAAGAUAACACGUGGAGCAUCUCUGUAUUGAUUGCCUCUGGUCAAAAUUGCUCAUAUACUAUCGGAAUUGACACUCUGUAAAAACGUACCUACUUAGCCAUUGUAUUUCUUCUGGACUUCUUUUGAAUGGAAGCAGCUAAGUAUUUCUAUAUAAUUUUUAAUGUUUUUUUUUUUUCAAAACCGAACUGUAUGUAUACAUUAAAUAAUUCAUAUGCUGCAUAAGAAUAAAAUGGUGGUUCAAAGAA